UGUUUUACUUUCUUGUGUUCUAUUUUAGAUUAUUAGAAUCCUUCAAAAAUCUACUUUUAAGAAUGCUAAUUUUGUUUUACUCUAUGGUUUUUAUUCCCCCCUCCCCCCCAAUCAUCUGUCAGUGGUCUGCACUGUACUGUUGGAAUUCAGAGCACAUUUGAAGGGAAACCUGGAUGCCUCACCAAAGAACAUCUGAAUUCAAAAGCUGCUCACACCUUAAUGGGAAUGCUUUGCAGAGAAGAUAAGAACAAUAACUAUUUCCUCACUGUGUGUCCACUUCUUUACUCAUGACAUACAAUGUUCCAUAGCAUCUGAGAUUUGGAGAGAAGCAAUAAUCUCAGGGACCUUGGACCAUUAUGGCAACAAGCUACACACCUCCAUUUGAUGAUCCCGGGGAGGUGAGAGAGGGCUUUCUAUGCCCCCUAUGUCUGAAGGAUCUGCAGUCUUUUCAACAGCUCCAAUCUCAUUAUGAAGAACAUUCAAGUGAAGACAGAGAUGUUAAAGGACAAUUAAAGAGUCUUGUUCAAAGAGCAAAAAAAGCAAAAAAUAAACUGUUGAGACGAGAUGAUGAGCGAAAUGAUGGGGGGACUCAGGACCGAUAUGAAGGCUACAGUUAUGGUGGAAUGGAUCCAUAUAUGUGGGAACUUGAAGAAUUAGGUGCUAUAAGAAGUCAUCUUUCUGAUUUUAAGAAACACAGAGCAGCCAGAAUUGAUCAUUAUGUUGUGGAAGUCAAUAAAUUAAUAAUCAGAUUAGAAAAGCUUACUUCCUUUGACAGAACAGUUACAGAUUCGGCAAAGAUAAGAGCAAUAGAGAAAUCUGUCGUGCCUUGGGUUAAUGAUCAAGAUGUGCCAUUUUGUCCAGACUGUGGUAACAAAUUCAGCAUACGGAACAGGCGCCAUCACUGCCGACUCUGUGGCUCUAUCAUGUGCAAGAAGUGCAUGGAACUGGUUAGUCUCCCCUUUGCAAGCAAGCUUACUACUGCUAGCAAGGAAGUCUUGGUCUCUCAUACUAGCCCCAGCUGCUCACCCAACAGCAUCCAGGGCUCUCGACGAGGUAGCAUCAGUAGUAUAAGCAGUAUCAGUUCUGUUUUGGAUGAAAAGGAUGAUGAUCGAAUCCGUUGCUGUAGACACUGUAAAGAGACACUGCUCAAAAGGGAACAACAGAUUGAUGAAAAAGAAUAUAUACCAGAUAUUGUGAAACUAUAUGAGAAACUCCGAUUUUACAUGCAAAAAGUUGACCAGAAGGCUCCAGAAUACAUAAAGAUGGCAGAAUCCUUAAAUGCUGGAGAGACAACAUACAGUCUUGAACGUGCUAGCAAUCUUAGAAUAGAAGUGCAGAGAAUGUAUGAAUUAAUAGAUGCUUUAAGCAAGAAGAUUCUAACUUUAGGGCUGAAUGAAGAUCCACAACCUCAUCCCAGAACUUUUCAGCUUCAGAGGAUGAUUAGAUAUUCAGCCACACUUUUUGUUCAGGAAAAAUUGCUUGGCCUAAUGUCUUUACCGACCAAAGACCAAUAUGAAGAACUGAAAGAGAAAAAGAAACAAGAGUUAGAGAGAAAACUGCAAAUGGAGAGACUGGUGAAAUAUGAAUCCCAGAGACGGCAAGAAGAGAAGCCGGCCGACUACACUUCCAGAUCCUUCGCAGCAUCCAAUGGUGACGUCCAUCGAACAAAAAGGGUCGCAGUGAAGAAAACUGAAGGAUGGCUACCCACUGCUAGCCUAUCUCGGAACCAGGAACUGGCAGAUCCACUUCUUCAACAGAUCGAUAAUAUCACUUCCUUUAUUGAGCAGGCAAAGAAAGCCAAUCGUCUGGAUGAAUUCCAGAUGCUGCAGGAGAACCUGCGACAGCUUCAGGAUGAGUACGAUCAACAGCAGACCUUCAAAGCCAUCGAGCUCUCUAAAAAGCAAGCAGAAAUGGAGGAAAUGCAGAGAGAACAAUUGCAGAUCCUUUGUGAAAAAGAAUGGAAAAGGGAUCAUAGAAGAAAGAUGUCUCAACAUUCACGAACACGUUCUCUGGAUUUCAGAGAAGUGAAGCCCGACAAGCUCGAGAUGGAGAGGGAAAGCAUAAACCAAAUAGCAGAGGCUUUGGAUCUGGAUAUGCUUCAGGACAAAGAUUACUCUGGCUGCAAGGCUACGUUGCCCAGUAGUGGUGUUGGAUUGCCAGGGAGCAAGAACCUGGUUUUGGUUUGCCAACCUGUAGAAGCCUCAGGGCAAGAAAAAGCCUCCAUAAAUCCUUUUGAAGAUCCUUUAGUAAUUAGCCCUCCAAAGAGCGACCCUGACAGUCCUGUUGCUGAAAACCCUGCAGUAGCUUCCUUGCCUCCCAGUGCCCUGCUCAAUUACAAAAGAGAGUACAACCCAUUUGAUGAAGAGGAGGAGUCUCAGCAGGCAAAUGGGGUAGAUCUCAGUGCUCCAAACCCAUUUGAAGAUUCUGUGGCAAAUCCAUUCUCUACACCUGGGGGUAAUCAGGAAAGUGGGAAUCCAUUUGAGGAAUCAGGGUCUUCCUCUUUGAAUCCUUUUGAAGUGGAAAGUGAUAAUGAGGUUUCGGGGGAAGAUAUCAUAGAGGAGGAAUUACUUCUCCAACAAAUUGAUAAUAUCAAAGCCUAUAUUUUUGAUGCCAAGCAAAGUGGGCGAAUGGACGAGAUAGAAGUAUUGACUGAGAAUUUGAAAGAACUUAAGAGCACCCUUGCAAAACAGAAAAAGAAAUCGAGCUGCUGAACUAUGUCCACAUACUUUUGCAGUUCCCAAAGGCAGGGAAGAUCAAGGUAAAAUGAGAAAUGCAUCGCAAAAGGCGCUUGGGUGCUGAAUCAAGCAUAGGCACUUUGGCAUAGGGAUUUCCACUCUUCAGAUCCGUAAAAGUCAACACUAUUUAAAAUGUUAUAAUUACCCGAAACCGUUCUUCAAAUACUUGGAAAAGUCUGUAUUUGUAUCCCAACCCAAAUUUAGGAGCAUAAUUGUAUUUCUCAGCACCUGCUUUAUCUCUGAUGGGUUCAAUUUUCAAAGGGGAAAAUUGGGCAUUUUAAAAUUCAGGAAAUUAUUUGCAGUCCUCAAGACCAUCUGAAUUUAUUUUCUCACCAGGUAGGAUUGUAUGUGCUUAAAAAAAAAGAAGAAAAAGAAGAGAAUUGCUUGAAACCAUCUCUUAGAUUCCUAAGGCAGAAGCAACUUGUGCAGCAACUUGGAAAAGCUUUUACUGCUUCCAAAGAAAUGUGGUGCUCACAGGAGCCCAACGCAUUUCUUCAGAAUCGUUUUUGAAUCUUGCACAGCUCAGCUAAUCAGAAAUUAACACAGUUGCAAAUUCUCAGCUUCCCUACCAACUUUAUAUUUUAGGGAAGCAGAAGAGAGGCAAUAACUUACCGUUCAAUAGAAUAAAGUCAUUCAUUGCUAAAGCAACAUAUAUAUUUCUAAAAACAUAUGCACAUGUUUUAGAAAACAAAUGCAUAAAACCUAACUAGACAUCAUGUAUUUUUUUCCCUUUACCUGUUCAGCUGAUCAAACUAUUUGAAUAACUUUUUCCAGCCAAUUCUAGAUUGUACUUUUGUACAAAAGUUUGAAAUUUUGACAGUCCCUCAAAACUACAUAAUUUCCAGGCUUUUAGAAAUGCCAUAAUAGGAAAACUGUUUGAAAAAAUUAGAAAAUUUGCAUCCAGAACUGUGCUUUGACGGGAGCCACUCAGAGUAUAAAUUCAAAACUAGAAGUCCAUUUUUCUUUCUAGUUUGAUUUCUCUCUAGGGUUUAAGGAAAUGUUAAGUCUAGAAUGGAAGGGGGAGGGGGGAGAAGUGCCCAGAGUAUAAGAGAGACCAACAUGAACUCAUUUCACAAAAAGAAAGUGUCAGUGUUGACAUACCCCCUUCAUUCGUUGUAAGGAGGAUUUGUGCGAACCCUGUUAUAUUAAAUGAAGGCUAUGAAAUUCUUAGGGUUGAGCUAUUCAUUUGUAAAUCUUUUUUUUCUUUUAUUGAUCUGCCAGCUAUGAACAGAAAGGUUUAGAAGUGUUAAAUAAUAUCUGGUUUCAGUUGUACGGAAUGAAUUUUAUUUAGUUGCAUUUUAUUAUUUUGGUAACAAACCAAUUUUAAUUGUUUACAUCAGAACUUACUUGGAGAGUAUUAUGUACUUAGGGGAAUGGGAAGAAGACCCAAGCAUUAAUCAUUCAUCCGAUUUUGACAAUUGUUUCCAUUUAGAAACGCUGGUAGAGAUGAUACUGUACCCAAUAUAUGUGGACACUAAAUGUUACAUUCCUCAAAAGAUUAGAGAUAGAAUGGUCAAGAACUAAGGCAGCACUUUAUACUUUCAGCAUUAAGUAUUACAUGUUAUUCAUUUGUUAAUUCAUGGUAUGCGUAUAUAUAUAUAUGGUUUCCUUUUUAGUAGGGAAAAACUACUUAGCUUUGAUUUCAUGCAUAACUCAGCGACAGCCUGUUUUAAUGAAGCCUGUAAAAACUGAGCUGAACACUGCCCAUCAGGUUAUAUAAUAAGUCUAAGGAUACUUGUUCUGAAUUUUUUUUUUUAAAUGGGAGCAUUCUGGAAAUGAACUUACAAUGCACUAAACAGGACAUGAGUUGGAACAUAAAAAAGUGAUAUUUUUAAAAAUGGAUACCUACAAUUUGAGCAGGCAGCAAAGGCGCAAUGAUUGUUUAAGGUAAAACUAUAUUUAUUAAAGACAACAAGGCCACAAACUUGAUCUGCCACUCUUUAUGUCCAACCAAUAUGAAUGUUUCAGUGGCUUUUUCUUUUAAUUUAAACCAAUUUCCUUGUUAUAUGCAUUCUGCCUUGUUUCUAUGUAUGCCAUAGUCUACUUUAUAAGACAUAGUAUUGAUGUAUUUUAUUAAUAAAUACAUUGGUUGUAGCUCUAUAACCGCAAGUCAAUGUGGAAUUAUCCUCCUUGAUAACCUAAUGGUUGUCUCACAUUUUGUUAGCCUUCCGUUUGUACUACUGAAUUGACACAAUGAAAAUAAACAAGACCAUGCCAUUAUGAGAUUGAACACUAAUGCCAUUUGUUUGUACAUUUGCAUGCACUAGUUUGUAAAGUUUCUCAUGAAAUAAAGUACAAUUUUUGUUUC